AUGUCUUCCGAGAAUGCUUUGAAAGUUAAAUGUGAAGAAUUUUUCUCAACUGACGAUGACAUUUUACAAGUUAAAUGUGAAGAUUUUAUCACAACAGAAGACACUUUUCAAGUUAAUUAUGAAGAAUUCAUGUCAACCGAAGAAAUUACGACAACCCAAGAUACUUUACAAGUUAAAACAAAUGAACCUGUUAUCAAACGUAAAAAAUCCGGUUUAAAAUACAUUCCCGCAGUUGACUUGCACAUGUAUAAAUUUAAAUCCGCAAAAGACCUCGUCAUAAAUACAAUCAAGAACUCUUAUUCCGCCGAAGUAUCGAGUAUAAGAUUCAUAACAGGACGAGGAAAUCAUGUAAAUUCAAAUGGUGAACGAGGAGUUCUUUUUCAAAGCUUUCCAACCAUGAUAUCAUCCGGAGGAGUCAGUCGUUUAAUCAAAGGUUAUAUCAAACAUGAUGGCUCAUUUACGGUCCUACUUAAAUCACCCAAUGAAUUAACGUCACAUGAUUUAGAUACGAUUAAACAAGCCGCUUCAAAUGAUGAUGUCGAGGCUCAAUUCACCCUCGGAUUAAUGUACAUUGAUGGUAGCGUUGAGAGAGAUGUUCAAGAAGCCUUAAGAUGGUUGAAAAAAUCAGCAAAUAAAGGUGAUAUCAAAUCCCAAUUAUUAAUCGGACAAAUUUAUUUCGAUGGAACCCGAGUUGAUAAAAAUAUCAAUGAAGAACAAGCGUUUAAAUGGUUUAGUAAAGCAGCCAAUCAAGGUGAUUUUCAUGCACAAUUGAUAGUUGGAUAUUUAUUACACGAAGGGAGAGGCGUCACUAAAAAUGAAGAGGAAGCUUUUAAAUUGUUUGAGAAAGCUGCCGAAAAGAGUGGUAUUAAUGCUCAAUUAAGCAUUGGAAGCUUAUUAUAUGAAGGAAAAGGUAUCGCUAAAAAUGAUGAAGAAGCUUUUAAAUGGUUUAAGAAAGCAGCUAAACAAAAUGUUAUUGAGGCCCAAUUCAUCCUCGGAUCAAUGUAUUUAGAUGGUGAAGGAGUUGAAAAAGAUGUUCGAAAAGCUUUAACUUGGUUAACAAAAUCAGCUGAAAAGGGAUAUAUUAAAUCUCAGUUACUUGUGGGACAAAUAUAUUCUGAUGAGGUCGUCAAGUACAAGAAAAAGGAUCAAAAAGCUUUUAAAUGGCUUAGUAAAGCGGCCAAACAAGGGGAUGUUACUGCUCAAUUAAUGGUUGGUCAUUUAUUAUAUCAAGGAAAAGGUGUCACUAAAGAUUAUGAAGAAUCAUUUAAAUGGUUUGAAAAGGCCGCCGAACAAGGUGACGUUAACGCUCAAUUAAGUGUUGGACGAUUAUUAUGCGAGGGGAAAGGUGUCACCAAAAACGCUGAAGAAGCUUUUAAAUGGAUUAGCAAGGGAACGAAUAGAGAUGUCAAAAUGGCUCUAGAAUUGUUUGAAAGUGCUGCUAAACGAGGUCAUCUUGAAGCUGGCAUUAUUUCUGAGAUUUCAAAAAAAUAA